AUGGCUUCCGACGCUGCAGUUUCAAGCAUUAAAGUUAUGAAUCAGGAUCUUGUCAAAUUGGAUCGUUUUGAUGGAACUAACUACACCAGAUGGCAAGACAAGAUGACAUUCCUUCUGACUUCUCUGAAGGUUCACUAUGUCUUAGAUCCUGACUUAACGCCAAUUCCAGAACCAACAGAUGAUGAUUCUGACGAAGUCAAGAAGGAACGCAAGAAACGUAAGGAGGACGAACUGUUGUGUCGUGGACAUAUCCUAAAUACAUUAUCUGAUCGUCUCUACGACCUCUAUACGCACAAUACCUCCGCAAUUGAGAUAUGGAAAGCCCUCGAGUUUAAGUUCAAGGCCGAAGAAGAAGACGCCAAACCCAUUCUUCCCCAAGUGCACGAAUUGCAAGUCCUGGUGAACAAAAUCAAAGCGGUGAAAAUAGACAUCCCUGAAGCUUUUCAAGAAUCGAAGGCAAGGGAAAAAUCAGAACCUGCGGGUCUUUCCAAAGCCAAUGCUGUGACCAACAAGGAAAGAAAGAAGCAUGAUGGCAACAAACGUCAUCUAGGACCAAAAAAGGAACACAACAAGUUCAAGAAUCCUGGGGGUCAAAAGGGUCCAAAAAACGGAUGCUUUGUUUGUGGAAAACCUGGACACUAUGCUCGAGAUUGCAGGCAUAACAAAUCAAAAAAUGAGAUCAAUGCUGUUCAUGCAAAUGAUGACAUAAUCGCUACUGUGAGCGAAAUGAUGGACAAGAGGAAUCUUGUUAGUGGGGAUUUAUUGGGAAAACCUGAUAUUAAAUCUGUUUAUGAAUCAGGCAAACUUAUAUUGACCCGUAAUGGUGUGUUUGUUGGAAAGGAUGUUCUGCUGAGGGAAUGA